GCGGUGUUCCCCGAGAUUUCUCCUCGGAUGUUUGGUGAUGGACCUUGCAGUUGCAUUGUUGCUGUCGAUCUCCAAAUCAAGCCAUGGACGCCCACUCGCCAAAUGCCGCCACGCCCUCGAGAACGGCCGCCAGGGGCAAGUCGGGACGCAACCAGAACGCCUGCGAUGCCUGUCGGUCUCGCAAAGUCCGGUGCAUCUACGACUCCGAGAGCCAGCCCUGCCAGGGAUGCGUCUUUCUCGAGAUCAAUUGCACUCGACAGCGGCCGAGGAGAAAGCGAGGUCCUCCAAACAGACAUGCCCAGCUGCCGGAGCUAGGAGCGGCCGGGGCUGCAUCUCCCACGCCUGGCGUUCAGCUGAUGACUCUCUCCGGCCCAUCUCCACUCUCCCACUCAAGCCCCGACGUUGCAGCGUCUCCCAGCAGGCCACUGGCAGCCGCAGGGCCAUCGGCUUGCCUCCGUCCAGGCCCCUGGCUCGGCUCCUUCGCGCCAGAAGCCGUGGUGUCGCGGAUGCUCAACUACUGGUUCGACAAGGUGCACCCCGUAGCUCCGAUCCUUCUCCGGCGGCGAUUCAUGCGCCGCUUCCGCAAUGGGGACGCCGACGCAGACCGGACCUUCUGCGGGCUCGUGGUGAGCGUGUGUGCAGCCGUGGCCGCGACGUUGCCGCGCGAGGACUACGGCUCGGUAACGGUUCGCCGGUGUCUGGAGUUCAUCGACCAGAACAGCCUCGUCGCGAGCGGGUUUACACGGUCGUCGUACUCGGUCGACUGGUGCAUUACCAUGUACAACCUGGGGACGGCCGUGGGCGCCGUAUCAGACUCGGGACUCAGUGAUAUUAAAUCCUAUGCCGCCACAGCGGAAGCAGCAGCCGGAGUACGGUACUUGGCGUAUUAUUGCGCGCACGACCUGGACAAUGUGGAAAAGCAGCUGCUCAAGCGGUUGUUUUGGCUUCUCUUUGCCGCUUCGUGUAGUGCCAAUAUUCUCGGACGACUGCCCAUCAGUCUACUCUCGCAGGAGCUGAUCGAUGCAAUUCCCCGGCCGCUGGACCUCACUGACGAUCAAAUGGAGCCCCCAGGCCUGCCAGAAUCGGAUCAUGUAGCGUGGUACGGUGACGCAACGAGUUAUGUCCCGGGACUCAAUUGCCUCAGCGACCUCUUCUCGGUAUGGAACGAGGUCCAGCUAACGCCACCAGGCUCUGACUCUGCCGCAUGCCUCGCUAAAUAUCUAUCCAAGGUCCAGAAGGUCAUUGACAACCUCCCUCCGGAGCUGCGUUGGCGCGGCGGCUUGUCUCGCCCGCCGAAUGUGACCCAAGGCCACGAGGUGCAGAUCGCAAACAUCUUCAUCACCAGCCUGCAUAUCCGCUCGAACCUGCUGCAGAAGCUGGACCCAACCGAGAAGAGCCUGCCCGAGCAUCAAAAGAUCGUCGAUGAUCUGCUGGAGAUUCUAUACCACCUCCCCCAGGCCGUCUUUAACGCAAACGGCAGUAGCGUCGUCCCAAAGAUCCGGGACAUUGGAGCGGCCUACCUCGAACAGGUGGAGAAGGGGCAUGGAGCAGGCCAGACGGACGGCGACAGCGCGAGAAGCAAGCUCGAGCGCCUGCUGAGGAAGCUCGACGAUCUAGAUUGCUGGCAGGGCCUUGCAGUUCUCGAUGGCAUCCAUCCGGGGCACAUCAGCGUGGGCAGCGCGACUGAAUUCUCAUCUUUCUUGUACACUUUCACUCAUCCAUUCCUCUCCACAGCCGCCAAAAUGACUAUCGUCGAGGCGCCCAUCGUUGCCCAGACCCAACCUCCUACCCCUCCCCAUCUGAGCCGCCUGGAAAAUGGCAACAUUCAGCUCAUCGUCAAGGGGAAGCCAUUCCUCAUGCUCUCUGGCGAGCUGCACAACUCGUCGCUAAGCUCAGCCAAGUUCAUGAGCGAGGUGUGGCCCGCCAUGAAGGCGCAGUCCAUCAACACCUUGCUCGGAUCCGUGACUUGGGAGACCAUUGAGCCCAAGGAGGGCCAUUUCGACUUUAGCGAGCUCGAUCUGGUGUUGGCUGGCGCUCGUGAGCACGGCAUGCACCUCGUGCUGCUCUGGUUCGGGACCUACAAGAACGGCAUCUCGACGUACGCCCCGGGAUGGGUCAAGCGUGAUGUCAAAAGGUUCCCCCGUGUCCAGGUCCUCGAAGCUGGCGGCGUAAAGCGCACCGUGGAGAUGGUAUCGCCUCUCAGCAAUGAGUGUUGCGAGGCCGACGGUCGGGCCUUUGCAGCCUUGAUGCGGCAUCUGGCCGAGGUUGAUUCAGAACACAACACGGUUCUCAUGGUUCAAGUUGAGAAUGAGACUGGUCUAUUGGGAGACUCCCGCGACCGCUCGCAAAAGGCCAACAAGGCAUUUAACGAGCCUGUGCCUGCCGACCUCCUACAAUACCUACACAAGACUGAUCUCCAUCCCCGUUUCAAGGAGCGGUUCUCACAGAUCCCCACAUCUGGGGCACAUUCCUGGGACUCCGUCUUUGGCGCUGGAUCCGCUGCAAACGAAGCCUUCAUGGCGUAUCACAUCUCCUCCUACGUCGGACGAGUAGCAGCUGCUGGAAAGAAGGAGUACCAGAUCCCCCUCUACACUAACACAUGGCUCAACUUUGAUGAUCCUUCCCAGCUGGAUCUGAGGGGAGUGCCUCUCGUCGUGGGCGGUGGAGCUGAUCCUGGAGUCUAUCCCUCUGGCGGACCCUGCCCUCACGUACUAGAUAUCUGGCGACACAACACUCCGGCUCUAGAUUUCCUCGCACCCGACCUAUACUUCCACGAUUAUGAGACCGUCUGCAAGAACUAUUCUGAGCAGAAGAACCCCCUAUUUAUUCCCGAGCAGAGGCGCGACGAGAACGGCUCCCGUCGCGUGUGGUUGUCCUACGCAACUUAUGGAGCUCUUGGUGCCAGUCCAUUUGGAAUUGACACCGGUGCCGAACUUGUUGGUCGCGAAUUUAAGCUGCUCGACCAGACCAAAGAAUAUCUCCUAGCCGCUGCCCCGGAAGACCGAAUGGGCUUCUUUUUCGACGAGGAGCCUUGCGAUAGAGUCCCCGAGCGCUGGACUCGCGUCUUCGGCGACGUCGAGGUCAUUAUCGAGCGAGCCUUUGUUUUCGGCAAGGCCGGACCUGGCGGUGGAAUGGUUAUCCACCUCGGCAACGCAAAGUUCUUGCUAGUUGGCCGGGGUUUCAAUGCCAGCUUCAAGAGCGUACGCAAGGAGGCUACCUUUACUGGCAUCUUGUCAGCGGAGGAGAAGGAGGUCGAUGAGCAAGGGCAGCUCAAGACGCUCCGAAUCUUCAACGGCGACGAGACAAGAAGUGGCGAGUUUGUCAUUAUGCCCAAUGAUGACCCAGACUACGGAGGUUUUCCUAUCGCUGUUACGGUCCCGGCGAGGACAUGUAUUGUUGAAGUUGAGGCAUACUGGGUGGCCGAGGCUGAAGAGGACAGGUAG